GUUAAUCUAACACAUUCUUUUAUUGAUGGAAGUAGUCGUUUUAUAAGCAUAAUGAAAGUAAUGCAAACAAAGGUGGUAUUCACAAAGUACGUCUGCGGUGGCGAGCUGCUCGACAGAUAGGCAUCAAACUUGGAUACAAACAAAUUUUGCAUAUUCCUUUUAUAAUCCGAGGCCAUCACAAAGUAAACCUGAAUAAUAAUGGAGUGCAAAUAAGCCUAAGGAAAGAAUGAAGUCAUAUCAUAGAAAAGGAGAAAUGGAAUUCUGAGAUCUGAAGCUGUCUUGAGAACUAGAGUCUUAAAAGCAUAUUGUUUAUUAAGAGUUGAAGCAGAACUGACCAAAGGAGUACAAGGACUCUGGAUGGCUUUUUUAUUUUGGUGGAAAACUUAUGUGGGGUUCCCCUUUCUUCCUAAUUAAGAGGAAUGGAGCCUAAUGGGAAGCUUUUGGGAUGCAUUAAAACCAACCUCUCAGGAAGCUGAGUUCAGAUUAGAGACCACAAACUAAGUGCCUAGGCUAUCACCUUGACUGGAUUUAUUUCAUACAGAUUGUGUCCCUUUACAAUGCACGUUGAUGGAGGCAAAUAGUGUUUUUAUUAGUGUGCGUGAUGAGGACCAUUCAUUUCACAUUCGUUACAGAAUGGAAGCAUCAUGUCUUGAACUUGCUCUAGAAGGUGAACGGCUCUGUAAGCUAGGCGACUAUCGAGCUGGUGUGUCUUUCUUCGAAGCAGCAAUUCAGGUUGGAACAGAGGACCUUCAGAUUCUAAGUGCAAUUUAUAGCCAGCUUGGAAAUGCAUACUUCCACUUGCAUGAUUAUUCCAAAGCCCUUGAGUACCAUCACCAUGAUUUAACACUAACAAGAACAAUUGGAGACCAGUUGGGUGAAGCUAAAGCCAGUGGAAACCUAGGUAACACUUUGAAGGUUUUAGGACGAUUUGACGAGGCCAUUGUUUGUUGUCAGAGGCACCUGGACAUUUCAGCUGAGCUUAAUGACAAGGUGGGUGAAGCAAGGGCGCUUUAUAAUUUCGGCAAUGUUUACCAUGCAAAGGGAAAAAGCAUUUGCUGGACUGGAGCAGAUCCAGGCGAGUUCCCAGAGGAAGCCACUGUUGCACUACAAAAAGCUACAGAGUACUAUGAGGCAAAUCUUUUGAUUGUUAAAGAGUUGGGUGACCGAGCUGCUCAGGGACGAACUUACGGAAAUCUGGGGAAUACACAUUACCUCUUGGGAAAUUUCAGGAAAGCAGUAACAUCACAUGAGCAGCGUCUCCUAAUUGCCAAAGAGUUUGGUGACAAAGCAGCUGAAAGAAGAGCCUACUGCAAUUUGGGAAAUGCUUACAUUUUUCUUGGAGAAUUUGAAGUUGCAUCUGAACAUUACAAAAGAACACUGCAGUUAGCACGUCAGCUGAAGGACCGUGCUGUGGAAGCUCAGGCCUGCUACAGUCUUGGCAACACAUACACGUUGCUGCAGGACUAUGAAAGAGCCAUUGACUAUCAUCUGAAGCACCUCAUCAUUGCUCAGGAACUGAGUGACAGGAUUGGGGAAGGCAGAGCAUGUUGGAGUCUAGGAAAUGCCUACACCGCUCUUGGAAACCAUGAACAAGCUAUGCACUUUGCAGAAAAACAUCUUGAAAUUUCUAAAGAGACAGGAGAUCGAAGUGGGGAACUAACCGCAAGAUUGAAUGUUUCUGACCUGCAAAUGGUUCUGGGUCUCAGUUACAGCACAAAUAAUUCAGUUCUUUCUGAAAACCAUGACAUGGAUUACAGCUCUUACGGUGCAAGGCCAAGAACAGGAAGGAGACACAGCAUGGAAAACAUGGAGCUCAUGAAAUUGACUCCAGAUAAGGUUCAAAACUGGAACAGUGAACUUCUCACAAAACAGCACAAACCUCUUCUCUCCAAGUCCUCCACUAAGCUAUUUUUUGUAAAUCGCUUGAAAGGAAAAAAAUUCAAGAACAAUGGCUCUUCCACUAAAGUUUUACAGGACUCUAGUAAUUCAAUGGAUAAAGUACAAGCACAAGACCAAACAUCACAAAAGGCAAAAAGUACUGACAUACUUGGUGAGGAGGGGUUCUUUGACUUGCUGAGUCGCUUCCAGAGCAACCGUAUGGACGAUCAGAGGUGUUCCAUCCAAGCUGAAAACAAUGGUAUUUUGGGAUCGGUCGACACUACAUCUUCAACUCCUCGUGCAAUGAGGAAAUCACAUACUAUAUCAGUUAUCUCUCCACACACCGAUGAAUUUUUAGACCUGGUAGCGAGUUCCCAAAGCCGGAGACUGGACGAUCAACGAGCCAGCCUGGGCAGUUUCCCUGGUCUGAGGUUGAACCAGAAGAAUAGCCAGUCGGUCCUUAGUCAUCUCAUGGCAAAUGCAGACACAAAAGAACCUGACGAAGACUUCUUUGACAUGCUUGUCAAAUGCCAGAGCGCAAGGUUGGAUGAUCAACGAUGUGCUCCACCUCCACCUGCAACAAAGGGCCCCACAGUUCCAGAUGAAGACUUUUUCAGCCUUAUCAUAAGAUCUCAAGCAAAACGAAUGGAUGAGCAACGAGUUACCUUGCCACUGAACCAGGAGAGGCCCAACUCCAGUUAGGAGAAGUGCUUGGAAGAAGCUGGAAUAUCCACACAUUUUAGGUUAACUUUGUAAUAUAAAGGCAGUUUCCAUUAAGGGAAAGCACUCCUCUGAUAAAUGGAACCCAUAAACUGCAUAUGGAUAUUUAGCUGAAAAAAAACUGCUGCCUCUGAAAGACAAUAAUAACAAGGGAUUGUUCUGGAAUCUUUUUUUUUUAUUAUUUUAUUAAUGUAUAGAAAAUCUUCCUGGGACUGUUCUGGGUUCAGAAUUUUUUUUUUAAGCUGGCAUUUCAAAGUGUUAUAUGAAUAGCUUGCCCCACAAACUUGAUUGCACUGCUGUUGGAAGCACUAAUGGUACUAGGAUAUAUAUUUUUUAUUAUUUACCACUUCUUAAAUGUAUAUUUGAAUGUUACUUUUCUGAGCAUUUUGUCAAAGGGAAACCAGUGGUUUUAUUUGCCUUGGUCAAGUAAGCUUUUUUUGUUUUUAAGUAUUUGCUUUAAAAAAAAAAAAAAAAAGUAGCAAGCAAGUCGUUUUAUUACUUGGGCCGUACUUCCAAUUGAGGAAUAAACCUAAUUUUGUAACACUA